CGCCUCUCGCCAGCAGCGCACCGUCUAGGCGGGCCACCUGCCACCUAAGGCACCGACCGCCUCCUGCUGCGUGCGGAGCCACCGAGCCCUGUGUCUAGGUCGUUUGGGAAGCGCCUUGGAGAGUCAAGAAUAAAAUUGCAGGUCAAACAAUGGAUGACUGGAAAAGUCGGCUUGUAAUCAAGAGCAUGCUUCCCCAUUUCGCCAUGGUGGGAAAUCGUCAGGAGCCCAGAAAGCUCCAGGAAUCGCCACAGGGAACCAUUAAGAGGAGACAGGAAGGAGAAACUUUCCAGCUUUCAGGCAUGGCCGAAGGAGGUUACCCUAAUAAAAUUAAGAGACCAUGCCUUGAAGAUGUCACCCUUUCGAUGGGCCCCAGCGCCCAUCCCAGCGCAGCCUGUGCAGAGCUGCAGGUUCCUGCGUUACCCAUGAACCCUAGCUCUGCAGCGAUGGGAGCGGCUGGCCAUUCGUUACUACUCGAAAAUAACCCCAUGAACGGCAGCGUAGCGGGCUCACCGUUUGUGGUGCCACCAACUGCGGAAAUGGGACUGAAAGGCCCCCCUCUUUCUUACUAUGACAAGACCAACACUGUGCCUGCUGUGGACCAGGAACUUCAAGAUCUGCUGGAGGAGCUAACAAAAAUUCAAGAACCUUCUCCGAGUGAGCUCGACCUUGAAAAAAUCCUGGGGAGCAAGCCGGAAGAACCGCUGGUCUUAGAUCACCCACCGGCGACCCUAGGCGUGACUCCCAAGCCUGCGGUCCAGCUGCCACACUUGGAGAGCCUUGGUUCCAGCAAGGACUUCGCUUCGAGUUGCAGCCAGGUCCCUGGCGUGUCGCUUCAAAUCCCGCCCUCCUCCGCGGGGCUCAGCUACGUCAUUCCCUCCACCAGUAAGCAGAUGGCCUCCCCCAGUUCUUCAACAGCACAGGCCAAGAGCCAGGCAGCCUUGCCUCUGCUCCAGGUGCCCCAGUGGCAUCACGCCCACCAGCUGAAGGCGCUGGCGGCCAGCAAGCAGGGCUCUAGUACGAAGCAGCAGGGCCCCGCUCCCAGUUGGUCUGGCCUGCCUCUUCCCGGCCUCUCCCCGCCUUACCGCCCGAUGCCCUCACCACAGCCGCUGCAGCCGUUCAGCCCUCAGGGCCUCAUGGUGUCCUGCAUGUCAUCGAGCAGCCUGCCGGCGAGUGCUCUGCAGGGCUCUCCCAAUGCCUUAUUGUCCAGCGUGGCGCCCAGCAGCGGCGCUGCCCUGGGGCCGGCCAUGACCUAUGCCCCCGAGAAGCUCCCCAGCCCCGCCCUCCAGCAGCAGCCGCAGUUCAGCCCGCAGCCCUCCAUCCUUGCCAACCUGGUGUCCUCCACCAUCAAACACCCUCAAGGGCACCUGAUAUCCACCAGCAACCCGGGGCCCUCCACCCCCUACCGCCCAGAGAAGCUGUCCAGCCCUGGCCUGCCGCAGCAGUCCUUCACCCCACAGUGCCCCCUGAUCCGGACCCUCACUCCCCCCAGCAAUCCGCUCGGCCCGCAGCAGCCGCAGCUGCAGCUGCCGCCGCCGCCCCUGCCAGCCAAUGCCAUCCUCAAGCCCAUGGCCACCAGCUCACCCAGAACCCUGAGCCUGAUCAUGCAGCAGGGGCUGGCGGGCCCCAGCCCGGGAACCCCGGAGCCUUUCACUUUCGGCCACACCAAGCCCUUGUCACAUUUCGUCUCUGAGCCGGUCCCCCCGAAGAUGCCCUCGGGGCCCGCCGCGUCUCGGCAGCCUGCCCUGCUCCACUACCUGCAGCAGCCGACGCUGACGCCGGCCUCUUCUGCCACGGCCUCGUCCACGGCCACAGCCAGCUUGCAGCUGCAGCAGCAGCCAGACGCUGCUUCGUUCCUUCUGCAGCACGUGACGCAGCAGCCGCAGCGUGUGCAGCGGUCGGUGGCCUCGGAUUCCAUGGCUUCUCUGCCCAGACAGGCCUGUUGCCAGCUGUUUUCGUGGACUUCUGCAGCUGGCUUGGGGGAGUGCCAGCAUCAGCAUCCUAGCAGGCAAGAUCCUCAGCCUGGAGCCGUGUCGUCAUCUAACAUUCGAGAGACGCCGAAAUCAGGUCUUAUGGCAAUGACCCCUGAACAGCGGAGGGCGUAUCUCGCCCAACAGAUGAGUCAAUUUCAAGCCGUCCAAGAUCAAGUCACCUCCAAGUGUAGCCGGACCAAGGCGAGCUCCCCCCCCAGCCAACCCACGCUGCCACCUGGAGCUGCGCUCCUCCAGAGCAGUCUGAGUCCAGGAAUGGUCCCACCACCCACCAGGCACCAGAGCCGGGAGGGCGUGGGCCUGACCUCACCAACUCCAGGCAAACAGCAAGGGAUUUUCAGCUCCAGCCCCCCAUUUCCCACACCCUUGCGCUUGAGCCACGACCCCGCGGGCAGCCUCGGGUCCACCUGCCGGCGCACGCGGAUUCCCAAGGCCGCCCCCACGGGAGUGCCCCUGCCCGGCUUCUGUGCCAGCCCCCUGGGCAGCCAGCCCCUGAGUCCCCAGCAGCUCAGACGGCCCUGCGCGCCAGGAGUGCCCACCGUGCUCCACAACGCUGCCUGGGUGGCAGCAGCAGCAGCGGUGAGCACCGCGGUGUCGAGGGGGCCACCCCCGAGGCAAGCAGCCCAUGGCAUCCAGCAGCAUUUCCAUAGCAACGCCCUCUUUGCCAAGGCCCCCGUGAGCGUCCCCUCGGGGGCCCCAGCGUUUCCAUCACAGCAGGCAGUUGUGUCCCCCAGGCAGGUGGCCCCGGGAGGCCGACCCGGCCAGAAGGUGGGUGCUGCCCCCGCCAGCCCCAGCUUCGGCCUGCCGGCCCACCAGAGCCUGAGACAGAGCCCGCUGUGGGGUCCUGUGCCUGUGCUGCACGCCACCAAGCCCCUCCAGCAAGGCAUGGCCAGCUUCAGGCCCAUGAGUCCCAUCCAGGGCAUCGAGCCACCAAGCUCCGUGACCGCCGCCGCCGCCGCCUCCUCCACCAUCGCUGCCAGCCCGUCCCCUGGUCCCUUCAACAGCAUGGGGAGCCCCCCUGAGUUGCCACCCUAUGCCUUGUUGCCCCAGGCCUCGCUGAACGAUCUCAUUUCACCCCCUGACUGCACUGAGGUGGAUUUCAUCGAAGCUCUCUUGAAAGGCCCCGGCGUGAGCCCAGAUGAAGACUGGGUGUGCAACCUGAGGCUGAUCGAUGACAUUCUAGAACAGCACGCUGCUGCCCAGACCGCCGCAGCCCAGGGUGCCGGCCACGUCCCUGAGCAGGCCGGCCACACCCCCCAGAACGUCGGCGAGCUUUAAAUGCCCAGAGAAAGCUCCACGUGGCCAUCACUCCGGGGAGUGGUGCGAGUCCACAGCAAAUUCGCAGCUGGUCCCACGUAGCCACACGCUUGUUGCCUCAUUACAAUUUGAGGGGCGUCAGCCCGCGCCCACCCCUCUCUCUGCCUGUGACAAAAUGGAAAGCUGGUGAUUUUUCAAGCUACCUGUACAUAUCAGAAAAUUUUGUAAAUGGUUUUCCUAAACACUCACGACAGAAGUAUUUAUACUUCGUUUUGUGACUUUGUAAAUAAAGUGGCGGCUUUCCUUUCAGUAGAGUUGUGUCCGUUGCGCAUUGUCUGUGUUUAGUCUACAUUGUUGCAAACACGCA